CAUCACAACCUGAUCACAACCUAUGAUCACAACACCGUUGAGGAUAAAAGAAGAUAAUAUAAACCAACGAAGAGAAAUGUUCUUUUUCGUUUUAACUCUCAACGUAAAGUUUGUUUAGGUAAAUGUAACUAGGGUAUCAGGAUCUUCGUAUUCCCGCGUGCAAGUAAGGUAACCUGCAUUCGCUCUAGACGUAACCGACAUUUAGCAAAGCUGCUUUUAUAUUAUCCUACCCAGCAUUAACGUUAUUGUUGUGUCGUCUCGACUGAAAGGUGAAAAUGGGAUUGGAUGUGAAAGAAGCUUCUCUCCAUUUGGACCACAAACUGCUUUGUCUCAUGGACCAGUUGGAGGAUUUGGAGGAAAAAAGAGAGAAACUAAACUCUUUAAUCGAAGAGGGCUGGUUCUCUCUCUCUAAAGCUCGAUAUUCUAUGGGGAACAAACAAGUUUCAACACUACAGUAUGCCAGUGUGAUGACUCCUCUUGUUCGUGUUGACACCAAACAGCUCGACUCCGGAGAAGCCGAGUUUCAGACACAUAGGGAAGAUUUCCAAAGUGGAGGUGGAGAUAGAGCUGGUAUGGCAGUGGAAGACAUAGGUCCAGAAGAGGAAGGCACGACGCCUGGAGAUGGACUCAGAAGACGAGGGCACAAGAAGCAAAAUGAGCUUAAGGAAGAGGUGUCCAGUGGGCAACAGAAAGAGACAUCACACGAACCCAAAACAGACCACGCAGAACUCCAAGAUCCUGUGAAAUGGUUUGGUAUCCUCGUUCCACAAAACCUAAAGCAAGCACAAUCUUCCUUCAAGCAAGUGAUUGAACUUGCAGCAGAGAUUGCAGCCCUUCAGAGCGCAGUGCUGGCCUCCAGGGUCGAACUUCAGAGACUGGCGAAGGAAAAACAGAAGAGCACUACCAAAGGAGAAGCUGAAUGAUGCCCCUGUUAUGUAUCAAUGAUAAAUCUCCCCUUUCUAUUGCCCCUAGUGUUCGAAUCAGAAAUUAUAGAUAGAUGUGCUAUUACAUGCGUUGCUACAUUGAUUUAGCCUACUAUUAGUUGUAUGAAAUGUGGUUGUUUUCUGUCAAUUGUAAGUGUUUUAUUUAUUAUUGUGUCAUUAAGGUCCUGAUUUCUGUAAUAAUAAGAACAAAAUAAACCAUUUUACAUCCUG